CCUAAUCCACCUCUACUGCCAGGGAACCAGAGCCUCGGAGGCACUGAGGAACAUUUCAUGUGAGGCCCCACAUCUGGAAGGGCAAGGAUCUCCUCUCCACCCUGUGAUCUUUGGGAAGCUGCCAGGAGGCACUGAAUCUUGGACCAAGUCUCCUGCCGCCCAGAGCUGGCCUGGUAUGGGUAAUGGUGUGAAGGAGAGUACGGCGCGCGUGCGUGAGGAUGCCGAGGCCAUCCUGCCCUCACCCGUCAAUUCCAAGAGUGAUCACAGGCAAGUUCUCAGCUCCCUCCUGUCUGGGGCCCUGGCUGGUGCUCUUGCCAAAACAGCGGUAGCUCCUCUGGACCGAACCAAAAUCAUCUUCCAAGUGUCUUCAAAAAGAUUUUCUGCCAAGGAGGCCUUCCGGCUCCUCUACUUCACCUACCUCAACGAGGGCUUCUUCAGCCUGUGGCGCGGGAACUCGGCCACUAUGGUGCGCGUGGUGCCCUACGCCGCCAUCCAGUUCAGCGCCCAUGAGGAGUACAAGCGCAUCCUGGGCCGCUACUAUGGCUUCCGCGGGGAAGCCCUGCCCCCCUGGCCCCGCCUCCUUGCAGGCGCACUGGCUGGGACGACAGCUGCUUCUCUGACCUACCCCCUGGACCUAGUCAGAGCAAGGAUGGCCGUGACCCCAAAGGAAAUGUACAGCAACAUCUUUCACGUUUUCAUCCGCAUCUCCCGAGAAGAGGGCCUGAAGACCCUCUACCACGGGUUCACGCCUACCGUGCUGGGGGUCAUUCCCUACGCGGGGCUCAGCUUCUUCACCUAUGAGACGCUCAAGAGCCUGCACAGAGAGUACAGCGGCCGCCCACAGCCCUACCCCUUUGAGCGCAUGAUAUUUGGGGCGUGUGCCGGCCUCAUCGGGCAGUCAGCCUCGUACCCGCUGGACGUGGUGCGGCGGCGCAUGCAGACAGCCGGGGUCACGGGUCACCCGCACGCCUCCAUCAUGCACACACUGCGUGCCAUCGUGCGAGAGGAGGGCGCCGUGCGUGGCCUCUACAAGGGUCUGAGCAUGAACUGGCUCAAGGGCCCCAUCGCCGUAGGCAUCAGCUUCACCACCUUUGACCUCAUGCAGAUCCUGCUGCGGCACCUGCAGAGCUAGGGAUCCUGCAGGCCAGCUGCUCUCGAGACAGGGAGCCGAGCUUCAGCGUGCAGCGGACCACUGACCCCUUUUGUCUCUGAGCCUGUGGAGCGAGGGUGCGCUUGGUUCCACCCUGGGAGCCACGUCGGAGCACCUUGUAGAACAAGCUGGGGGGCCUGGCCUCGGUCCCAAAAGCCAGCAACCCUGGAAGUGCAAUGUUGGGACUGGUGGGCAGGGGCUCUCACGCUCUCCCCAUCCCUCCUCCCCAGGGCUGGCCCUGUCUUCUGGAGGCAUUGUCCUCAAUGCCCUGAGCUGGGAGUGACCAGUGCCACCUCUCGGCGCUCUGUGACCUGGGACAUGCUCCUGAUUCUAGUGACCGCAUGUCACAGGGCACAGAGCCAGACUCUCUGUCUGCCCCUGUGCUCACAGAUGGGAGGGAGCCCCAGAGUGUACACAGAUGCCUGGCCUCCGAGCCCAGCCAGCUCAGCUGGGGUGAUACAUACAGCCUUUAGUCCCCUUCCCCAUCCUCCCCCCAACCUGUCCUGCCUUUGCCAUUACUUCCCAGGUGACAUGACUCCUCUGUCACCAGAGCCUCCUGCUCGGGAACAGCCUUCUCCCAAGAGUAUUAUUUGGAUCCUGGACUCUGUGGCCAAAGUAGGGCCCUAGGAGGGGGUUCUCCCCUCUGUUGCCUGCUCACCUGGUUUGUAAUGUUCCCAGGAGGGUCGCACCUCCUCCAGGCAGCAGGGUUUGAGCAAUUGCCAUGGGUUUGCAUCUGAGUCCUAAUCUGGAGGCAUCUGCUGAAAAUUGGGGACCCAGGUUACCCCUUCUGGGCCAGGAAGCUUCUACCCCUGUCCCCCAGGCCACACCAACAGAGGUGAGGCCUCAGGCCCCAACCCUCAGACCCUGGGCACAGCGGCUCCUGGGGGGGGACCUGUGGCAUCUGGCAUGUCCCUGGCUCCCCACCUGAGUGGGCACUUGGCCAGGACAUGGGGCGGUUUCGGGUGCAUGGGGUUAUCUGAUUUCUGUGAACGGAAUGCAUGGAGGCAACUGGUAACCUUUGUCUUCCCCAUGUAGAAGCCCCUCAACAGCGUGUGGCCUGAGAGUAGGAAGCCCGGAGGGUGGGGGGGCUGGGGUCUGCCAGGUGUCACAGGGACGCAGAAACACCCGUUUCCGAAUGAUAUUUGGAGUUUCUUGAUUUCUUUUGGUUUUGCUUUUCAAUCCGGCUGGUGCUGGGUCUAGUCACCAUAAAUCCUGACCGGCACAAACCGGUUCCCAGGUGGAGUAACCAGAGGGUGACCAGAUAGCUCUGCAGCCACGUGUGUGUGUGUGUGUGUGUGUGUGUGUGUGUGUGUGUGUGUGUGUGUGAGAGAGAGAGAGAGAGAGAGAGAGAGAGAGAGAGAGAGAGAGAGAGAGAAACGGUCGGAGGGCGUGUUUGCACCACGCACAUUUCCAGUUGUGACUUUCAUCUCUCCCUUGUGUUCUGUCUCAUUUGUGUUCUUGACCUGGACCUGCAGGUGUGUAGACCCUUCUCUCUGUCCUUCCUUGCAUGUGUCCACCUGCCAGCCUGAGUCUCAUCCCCUGGGUCCCACGGCUGUUCUGUUGGGUGGGCUUCCCACCUCCUCUCCCUGCCUUGCCCAGAAGAGGCAGGAGAGGCAGGGACCCCUCACAGAGAGACGGUGUGGGGACCUGGGGGCCCACCCCAGGCAAGUGAAACCAGAUGAAUGGUUGGGCAGCACCCCCUCUGAGCCACAGGCUGGGUCACUGAGGGGAGGGCCCCAGGUCCUGCCGGCCCCCGUGUGCCCCCCAACGGUGGCUGUCAGCCGGGUGGGCCUCAGGGCUCCUCCCACCCCCAGCCCCGCACACAGCUGGGCUUGUGCCCGCUGCGGCCACACCCCUCCCACUGGUGUCCACCCUGAUUUGGAGUUACAUUUUGAUGCCAUGAAGACACUUUGUUUAUAUAUAAUGUUUAUAUAUUUUAAAGAUUUGUGCCAAGAGAGUAUAUUUAAUAAAAAUUAAAAUGACUUUUUUUUUCUGAC